AUGGCCGCCGCGAGAUCGUUAUAAAUAUUCAUGAUUUUGAAGAGUGAUUCGGAAACUAGAGAAGCAUCUCUUAAAUGGAAUGAUAAUUCAUAAUGACAAGUAGACGUUUGAAGAAUCGUAUAAUUUUAUGUUGAUACCCUGAGGAGAAUGUUUUCGAACGCUUCGAGGAAUCGGUGAACGAUGUUAAACGUUACUCACCAGCUUAGGAAGAAGCUCUUUCUGGGAGAAAUCGAUGAUAAAACCGACAAGGUAAAAGAUAGAAGUAGCUCGAAAACGAACGAGAUGCAGACUUCUGGACUAGCAGAAGACAAUUCACCAAUAAACAAGCGAAAGUCUUUGCCGGCUGUGCCAUCUCCAGAGGAAGAAAAGUCGAUGAAUUUAUCGGUUGCAAAGCAGAGAUCACCAACAGCUAAUCCUACUCAGGUGAAGGCGUAUGGGCCAUAUUUCCUCGAGUACACGCUAAUGGCGGAAUACAAUCAGCUUAGAAGUCAAAGACUCCCAGGUGUUUAUGUCCUUCCAGCUGCUAAGUCUCCUCUCAUAUGGUUUGGAGUUAUUUUUAUCAGGAUGGGCUCUUACCAAGAUGGUAUAUUCAAGUUUGUCAUGAAAAUUCCAGAAAAUUUCCCAGAUGGAGACUGUCCUAGUGUUGUAUUCAAGCCCCCAGUUUUUCAUCCUGUUGUAAAUUUGGAGACUGGAGAAUUAGAUGUUAAGCGAGCUUUUCCAAAGUGGAGGAGAAACAUAAAUCACUUGUGUCAAGUGUUGCUGUAUGCUAGAAGGAUAUUUUAUAAAAUUGAUUUGAAGAAUCCACUUAAUCCUGAAGCUGCCAACUUGUAUGAAAAUGAUAGAGAUAAUUUCAAACAAAAAGUUAACAUGUCACUGAGAGCUUGCCUUAAUGAGCUUCAUUUACCUCUAGCAGAUGACCCUCAUGCAAUUAGGUUUGUUGAACUUAGCCCCGACCAGCAUGAUGAGAUAAAGAAUCAAAUUAUUGAUAUUCAGAGUAAACCAGAAAGUCUUCCUACAGCCAAUGCACACAAGUCUGGUUUAUCAUGGAUGAAGAAAGGUUCCAAUCAAAUUUUUAGCAAGCAGGAGAGCUAGCACAAUGAUGUAGUCUACCAGAUGGAAAUAUGUAAAUAACCAGACAAACACACACUGUACAGGAGUUCCAGAUUUUUUUUAUGUUUCUGGGUUUUCAUAGGAAAAACAGAAGAUGGAUUAAAGAGUGUAUAAGAAUAGAAUUAUUUGAACUCUUAACAGUGCCUUGGGAAAAAUACUUGCAACUUGAUUAAAAAAGAUCAACAUUUUCUUCACAGCUAUUUUUAGUGAAAACUGACUUAAAUAGUUCAAAGCAAGUCUUGUGACUUCCAGUCUCUGCUGUUACUAGUAAAUCUCUUGCAUUGAGGUUAUCUUUUCACUUGAAGUCUUUCACAUUAGUGGUCAAUGGUCUGGGUGUAUGUCUAGAGGUCAUUUUGACAGUAGGUGAUUGGUUUUAUUGUGUUUCAUGUCCAAAGGGAAUAAUUCAAUGAUUAUUGUAAGUAAUAAUUAAAAGUUAUAAAUUUAGUCACAAGGAGAUGAAAGUUGAGGUUGAUUAAGUGACAUUCAAAGAAAACCAUCUUUUGUGGAUUAGACAUUGAUGUUGGACAUCCACUGUGUUUCAAUGUUGUGAAUUUGCUAGUGAGCACAGGUAUGACAAACUUAGAUCACAUUCAAACACAAAGUAAAGAUUAUCAUGACUUCCAAAAAAAGUUGGAUAAGGUUGCCUGAAUCUCUUGUAUCAGGUUAUGGUAGCUUUGACCAGUGAUAGGAUGUUCCUUUUUUGAUAAACCACAAGUAAUGAGCCUGUGAAUUUCUGGUAGUAAAAGCAAACAAUGAAGUGAACCUCUGACUGCAGCCCUCAUUGCUGUUCAUGAGCUCAAAUGAGGGUUGUUGUUUUUUUUUUUAAGUGCUCUUUUUCAUCCCAACGAAGUAACUUUUCUUUAAACUAGAAGUGCAGACUAAGAACAGGUCAUAUUUAUAUUUUUCAUAUUUGCAAAAAUCCCUCAAGGCACAAAGUUAUUGUAAAUUGUAACUUUGAAUCCAUUUCUCUUUCCUGGCCACUCCUGGCUUAUAUUUAAUAAAUGGAAAAUGGAAAUUCAAGGGUUAGUUCACAGGAAGGAGUAAUUUAGUUUUUAAUGUCUUACUUUGAGUCUUUGGAGAAGAAAUAUGAGUAACUGCCACAUUUGAAAAUCAAAAGGUCCAGCAAGCAGGCCCAGCAAGCAAUUAUAUGAUCAGUUUUUCAUUGUGACAUUAAUGGCAACGUAUCAUUUAAGAAAUAACAAAAACUGUAAUUUUUAUCUCUGUAAUAUACUGAAAUUAUGAAUAAAAUUAAAUGAAUUUGUGUAUGGCCAUUGCUUUUGCAGAGGUUUCAACUUAAGAGUCCGAUAAUUCAACUUUUCUGUUUUUCCUUCUCAUGAAAAUAUUAA